AAGAAUAUAUCAUUGUUUUGGAAGUAUUGCAUGAGAAAUGUCACAUAAAUUAUAUAAAUUAUUUAAAAAAUAAUUUUACAAAAUGUACAAGUGGAAAUGAAAAAAUUGAUGUUUUUAUUAAAAAAAUGCAAUUAUUAGAUAAUAGAAAUAAUGAAAAUAUUAAAGAUAUAUUUGAGUGGAUUCCAUACAAUCAGUUUGUUAAUAUUAAAGAAAUAGAAAAAAAUGAUUUACUUAUAAUACGUUCAGCUAUAUGGAAUGGUAGUCCAUCAUAUUAUAGUUCUAUUAAAGAAGAAAUGAUAAGAAAGCCUAAAAAUGUUAAAAGUAUACUGAUAGUUAACAACUGUAAUGUAUAUGAUUCCUUUCAUAAGAAGUAUUAUUCUUUAAUGUGUGGAAUAUCUCAAAAUCCAGAUACAGGAAAUUAUAUUAUAGUUUCACAGGAUGAAUAUUGUGAAAAAUGCAGUAAGCAAUAUACAAACAUACAUGAUAAGUGGUGUUUAUGUCAAAAUAAUUUAACAAAUUGGAGUGGAAAUAAAAAAAUUGAUGAUUUAAUCCAAGAAAUGCAAUUAAAAAUUAAUAAAUCUAAUAGAAUAGUAGUUGAAUGGAUACCAUACAAUCAGUUUAUUAAUAUUAAAGAAACUGCAAAAGAUAAUAACAAUGCUGCUAUUAUAUAUUCAGCAAUAUGGAAGAAUGGUUCAUUAUUAUACAUUAAUAAGGAAUGGAUAAGGGAAUCUUAUACAAGUAUUGUAUUAAAAUGUUUAGAUACUAAUGAAUUUUUCAGCAAGGUAUGA